AUGUCUAGCGCUAGACACACUGCCAUCUUCCUUCUCUUCCUCCUUGGCAUUGUUUCCGAGCUGAGCACUGUUGCACGCGCUAAUUUUAACAUCCCACGGUUCGGCCGCUGCAUUUUCGGACGUCGUUGCCGAUUUGGCUUCGGAGGAGGUACAGGGUUCGGCGGAGGUGCUGGGGGUGGUUUCAGAGGUAGUGGUGGUGGAGGGCUCGGUGGUGGUGUUGGCCAUGGUGGCGGUUUUGGAGCGGGUGGUGGGUUAGGUGGAGGAGGAGGGUUUGGAGGAGGCCUUGGUAGUGGGUUUGGUGCUAGGUCACGCAUUGGGGGUGGCGUUGGAUCAGGAGGAGGCCUUGGAAUAGGACAUGGAGGAGGCUUUGGUGGUGGGGUUGGAGGUGGAGGGGGACUCGGCGGUGGCGUUGGAUCAGAGGGAGGCCUUGGAAUAGGACAUGGAGGAGGCUUUGGUGCUGGGGUUGGAGGUGGAGGGGGACUCGGCGGUGGCGUUGGAUCAGGGGGAGGCCUUGGAAUAGGACAUGGAGGAGGCUUUGGUGCUGGGGUUGGAGGUGGAGGGGGACUCGGCGGUGGCGUUGGAUCAGGGGGAGUCCUUGGAAUAGGACAUGGAGGAGGUUUUGGUGGUGGAGCUGGAGGAGGAGGGGGACUCGGCAGUGGCCACAGUGGUGGCUUCGGUGGUGGAGCUGGAGUUGGUAGUGGUACUUAUGGAGGGCUUGGCAGUGGUGGAGGGUUUGGAGGCGGUGGAGGAGGAGGCCUCGCCGGCGGGCAUGGUGGAGGCUUUGGCUCUGGACUAGGUGUAGGAAGUGGUGCAGGUGGAGGCCUUGGUGGUGGAGGAGGCUUCGGCGGUGGCGGAGGACUUGGUGGCGGAUACAGUGGAGGUUUCGGCGCCGGGGGUGGUAUAGGAGGUGGUGUUGGAGGAGGUCUUGUUGGUGGCGGUGGGCAUGGCAGCGGCUUCGGUGCUGGUGCUGGUUUUGGAGGCGGUGUUGGUGGAGGCGGCGGUCGUUGA